AUGAGCGUGUCGUCCACCAAUGAGACCGCGGUCAUAAAUGAUCGAGACACUUUCAUCAAAGCUGCGUUCAAGAAUGUGGUUGUUGUGGUUCUCUGCAUCUCCAUCAACUACAUCAAUAUAGCACUUAUUCAGACCUUCUGCAAACACCAGAUCUUCUACAUGAAUCCUCGGUACAUCCUGUUUUUCCACCUGGUGCUCAACGAUAUGAUCCAGGUAACUCUUAGCACCCUGAUGUUCAUCACCAGCUACAUCAUCUUCCAGAUAAAUGUCUCAGUUUGUUGUGUCCUCAUCCUGCUCACUCUUUUUGCCACUGAAAACACCCCUCUGAAUCUGGCUUGCAUGGCAGUGGAGUGCUACAUUGCCAUCUGCAUCCCCCUUCACCACAUCCAAAUUUGCACCGUCAAAAGGACAUUAAUGUUGAUCGGUUUGAUCUGGAUGACCAGCAUGCUGUCUGUUCUUCCUGAUCUCUUCAUCAGCUUGGCCACAGAGCCACUGGAUUUCUUUCAUUCCCGCGUGUUUUGCCUCAGAGAAACAGUCUUUCGAAAUCCCCACAUCAUCAAGAAGCGGGACAUUACCUAUACAGUCUAUCUGGUUAUUGUCUGGUUUGUUAUCUUCUUUACUUACUUCAAAAUCCUGUUCACUGCAAAAACAGCAAGCCAAGAUGCUACAAAGGCCAGAAAUACGAUCCUUCUCCAUGGGUUUCAGGUGUUGCUGUGUAUGUCAAUAUAUGCAGAACCCCUGCUGAGGCAGGCCCUGCAGCAGUGGUUCCCUAAAAAAUAUUCAGAUUCCCUUUUUGCUUGUUAUAUUCUUUUCCAGAUUCUGCCACGAGCAAUUAGUCCAAUUGUCUAUGGAGUAAGAGACAAAACAUACAGGAAGUACCUGAAAAGGUAUCUGUUGUGUAAUGUGAGCCCAUAA